GGAAACAAAUACGCGAGGGUUUAAGGGCGAAAACAAAUCGCGACGCCUAUUCGUCCUGUCCUCCUCUCCGACCUCGCCUGCGACCGAGACGAGGUUCACUUCCUCCCGUCGCCGCCGUCGACUCCCUCAUCGGCCGCCGCGAUGCCUCGGUAUUACUGCGAUUACUGCGACACAUACCUCACCCAUGACUCGCCGUCUGUCCGUAAGCAACACAACGCUGGAUACAAACAUAAGGCAAAUGUUCGAAGCUACUAUCAGCAAUUUGAGGAGCAGCAAACUCAAAGUUUGAUUGAUCAAAGGAUUAAAGAGCAUCUUGGACAAGCGGCAGCAUUCCAAGUCGGUGCUCCAUUCAACCAACAUAUGAUGCAAUUUCCUGGAAAUAUGCCCCGUCCCCGCCUUCCGAUUCUGCCCACACCUAUGAUGCCACAAGGUUAUAUGCAACAACCUGGUGUACCAUUUGCAGGAGUUAGGCCUCCUAUUUUACCAGCUCCUCCUGGUCCUCCUGGUCCUCAAGGUUACCCUGGUGGCCCACCCAUGCAGCAGAUGCCGCAACAAGGGGGCCCUCCUGGUUCCAUGCCUAUGCAGAUGGCACCUCUCCCAAGGCCUCCGACGCUACCGCCUCCAACGUCUGGAGCCCCAGGUGCCCCCAUGUCCAACAGCGCAGCACCUCCAGGUCCUCCACCAAUGUAUCAGCCAAAUCAACCACCAAGUGCAGGCCCAGCCUCUGGCCCUCCAGCCCCGGCAGCUCCUCCACAGGCUACAUUCUCCUAUGCACAACCCUCUGAGGGCAACCACUGAUUCUAUUCCUUGGGCACUUAGCGAACAAAACAUGCAGAAAAGCUGCUCCCUUGGAAUUCGAUGCUGCUAUCAUUUAAGUGAGAUCAUCUAUCACUUGAAUUCGAGAGAUUGUUAAAGGCUUCCUGUAGUUGUAUUCUGGUUUCUUAAAUGAUGUAACAUUGACUUUGUAAUCCGUUGAGAUUCCUAUUAAUUUCAGAGGGCUCUUGAAACUUGAAAGUGAAUAA